CUAUCAUUCUCUCUCAUUUUUUCUUGUUAAAAUGUCAGCAAAUUAAAAUAAUUGACCAAAAAUAUUAGAAACAUAAUUGUGAUACCUGUUUUUUUACCCCUAUUUUUUAGUUUUUGUUUUUCAUCUUUACUGCUUCAAAUAAUCCUGUAUGUACUACCCCAUGCCAUGCCCAUAGCCCAAAGCCAAUUGCGAAGCCUAUUCCUUUCUUCAGUUCUUCUCCCCUCUCCUUUCUGUUUCUGGCGAUUUGGCUAGCCGGGGAAUUCCGCUUUGAUCGGAGGAGGAUCUGGUGGAUUUAUCGCCGUUGAGGAAUCCAGCUUGCUUACCGGUGUGAUCUGAUUUGUUGAACUGAAGAGUGAGGGGAUGUGUGGUCGUUAAUUUCGAUGGUCAAUUUGAUUCUAAUUUGAUUGAAUUUAGGGUUUAUUUUUCCAUGGAGGAGACUGUGAGAUCAGGUGGUGUGGUAAAGAAGAAAAGUUCGUCUGGGUGUUUAAUUGUAAGGAAAAAAGAUGAUAGAGCGGGGGGUGUUCAGCGGGGAGGGAUCGGCUCUUUGCAGAAGAACAAAAAGAAAAGGCCAAGAGUGAUUGCAAAUGAUUCUGAGUCAGGUGAUGAGUUGCCGGAACCUUACAAGAGGAAAGCCCAGGAAAUUUCUGGUAAUAGUCCGAUAACUUGCCGGAGUGGGGCUGAGGGGAAUGGUAAUACUGAAAGUGAUACGAAACGGAGUAGGUUAGAUUUGUUUGAGUUCGAUGAGUAUGAUGAGUUUGAUGAGAGAGCCAUGAGGAAUGAAUACCGAGAUGGGAGGUUAAAGGUGACACAAGGAAUGGGGAGUUCUAGGGAAUUCAGAAGUGGGUCUAGUGCUGAAAUGAUUGUUGCAAAGAGGAAGUUUGAUAGCUCAAGGAAAGCUUUGGGGAGUAGGACUAAGGGUUUUGAUUGUUCAGCUAAAAGCGAAACUGAUGAGGAGGAAGAUGAGGCGGAUUUACCCAUCUCAAUGCUGAAGUUGAAGUAUCAAAAAACGUCCAAUGAAGCAAUAAGGUUGCAGGGGAAAAAUGGGGUAUUGAAGGUAAUGGUUAAUAAAAAGAAGGAUUUAUCACAUAAAAAGAAUGAUUGCCGUGAUUUUGACAGUAGGAAAGGUUCAACGUCUGAGGACUUGAUCAUGAAGAAGCUACAAAUCCAACCAACAAUUCAUUCAGAUUCUGAACACUCGGAAAAGCAACACCUGUCUGUUCAAAGGGAUAAAAGUAAGAUGAAAUCCCAGAAAAAUUUGAUGAGCAAAAAUACUCGAGCUAGUGAUUCAGAAACUGAUGGGACUGGUACAUCACCUAAGGUGGUUCUCUCAGCUCUGCCUGCUGGUAACUCUCUGAAAAGGGUUAAAAAGGAAGAAAAUAAGCUUUCAACAGCUAAACCCGUUUCUCCCACUAAUAAAGAAGGAAAAACCAAACGUGGGGCAAGCACUGAGAAACAAAAACUGCGUGAGAAAAUUAGGGGAAUUUUGACUGAUGCUGGCUGGACUAUUGAUUAUAGACCUAGAAGAAACAGAGAUUACCUAGAUGCAGUGUACAUAAGUCCUUGUGGAACAGCCUAUUGGUCUAUAGUUAAGGCUUAUGAUGCUUUUCAGAAACAGUUGGAGGAGGAUGGUGGUGGAAAUAAAUCUGCUGGUGUGUCUGCUCCAUUUUCUCCUUUAUUGGAAGAUAUAAAUAAGCUAACAAGGCAAACAAGAAAGAAAAUUGAGAAAGAAAUGAAAAAGAAGAGAAAGGAUAAUGGUACCAGUAGGGAUAACAAGAAGACUUCAGGAAAUGAGUCUGCAGAAGGCUCAGACAGCGAUCAGCAUGAUGAGCGAUUAAGUAGCUAUAUAAAGAAGAGUGGUAAGUUGCUGAAAGGAAAGUUUCAUGCAAGACAUCAAAAGAAUCAGUAUGAAACUAAUGAAAAUAUCUCGAUCUCAAAAGAUGGGAAACUUGACCAGGACAUUAUUGGGAAAUCCUCUGUAGCACCUACUGGUAAGUUAAUCCAGGGAAGAAAAAGUAAAAUAAUUGGGAGAUGUACUUUGUUGGUCCGCAGUUCUGAUAAAGGACAAAAUUCAGAUAUUGAUGGUUAUGUUCCUUAUUCUGGAAAAAGAACAUUAUUGGCAUGGAUGAUUGACUCUGGGACAGCGAAACUUAGUGAAAAGGUUCAAUAUAUGAACCGUAGAAAAACACGUGUAAAGCUAGAAGGCUGGAUCACACGAGAUGGCAUUCACUGUGGCUGCUGUAGUAAAAUCCUUACAGUUUCCAAGUUUGAGCUCCAUGCAGGGAGCAAACUGCGUCAACCCUUUCAAAACAUAGUUUUGGAAUCUGGAGUUUCUCUGUUGCAGUGCCUUAUAGAUGCAUGGAAUAGGCAAGAGGAGUCUGAACGCCAGGAUUUCUGUACUGUAGACACUGAUGGUGAUGAUCCAGAUGAUGAUACUUGUGGUAUCUGUGGUGAUGGUGGGGACCUGAUCUGCUGUGAUAGUUGUCCAUCAACUUUUCAUCAGAGCUGUCUUGGUAUAAUGAUGCUUCCUCCAGGUGAUUGGCACUGUCCAAGUUGUAUUUGCAAAUUUUGUGGCAUUGCUGAUGAAAGUCCUACAGAAGAUGAUAUGGAUGUCAAUGAGCUCCACUUGUGCAUCCUCUGUGAGAAAAAAUAUCACAAAUUAUGCAGACAAGAGUUGAAGGCUAACAAUGUUUUACCUGUGAAGAACAAAAUUUCAUCUACUUCAUUUUGUGGGCAGACAUGCCAAGAGCUCUAUGACCGUUUAAGGAAGAUUGUUGGAGUCAAACAUGAAUUAGAAGCAGGAUUCUCUUGGUCUCUCAUCCAACGGACAAAUUUAGACUCUGAUACCUCACAUUGUGAGUUUCCUCAAAGAGUUGAAGGCAAUUCCAAGCUGGCUGUUGCAUUGUCUAUCAUGGAUGAGUGCUUUUUACCCAUAGUGGAUCGAAGAAGCGAGAUUAAUAUAAUUCACAAUGUCCUUUAUAACUGUGGGUCAAAUUUUAGUCGAAUUAAUUAUCGUGGCUUCUACACAGCAAUCUUAGAAAGGGGUGAUGAAAUAAUAUCUGCAGCAUCUAUAAGGAUACAUGGCACACAACUUGCAGAAAUGCCGUUUAUUGGGACACGCCAUAUAUAUAGGCGUCAAGGAAUGUGUCGACGGCUAUUGUCUGCUAUUGAGACGGUCCUCUCCACUCUAAAAGUUGAGAAGUUGAUCAUUCCUGCUAUAUCUGAGCAUAUACAUACCUGGACAGUAGUUUUUGGUUUCAACCAACUUGAGGAAUCUCACAAGCAGGAAAUGAAAUCUAUGAAUAUGUUGGUGUUUCCAGGGGUAGAUAUGUUACAAAAGCAGCUAGUAAAGCAAGGAGCAUCAGAAGGUUUGAGGGCUGUUGAUUUUAGAAGUCCUGACACAGUUUCCUGUGCCAAGCGUGAUGCAAAUGAAUGUCACGACACUGGUUUGCAGAACGCAAAUGAAAUUCAUGCAAAGGUUGAAAGUGGGUGCUCGGGUUCUCCAGCUUCAGCUGUACAAUCACAUGAUAGUACGAUGAUUGAUGGUCAAGACUCUAGUCCAUCUACUAUCAAAUCGUCCAAUAAGGUGACUGAAUCAAUCAAAUCUGAGGUGGAGAACAAGCUUGCUGAAUCUUCAACAAACUUAGGCCACUCUGCAGCAGGUGAAAAUGUGGUCACACUUGAUAUGCAAGAUGCAGUCUUGGAUACUCCUGGACAAAUUACCCAGACUUCUGUGCACGUUGACCAAGAAGCCUGUGAGAAAGCUAUCAAAGCAUCUUCUUCACAAUCAGUUCAUGAAUCAUCAGAUGAAGCUGCUCUAAGGGGCACAAGAGAGAGAGAUGAAGAUCAGGAUGCAGUUUUGGUACCUGUGAUUUGCGGCAUUAUUGAGACUCCCUCACAUCUGUGUUCUGAAUCAUCUCAAAGUAAAGUUGUAGAAAACCAAGCUGAGGCAUGUUCCAUUCCGGAGGCUUCACAUAAUGCAGAGGCUGUGUUACCCACCAAGGAUAAUGUCCUUGCCACUUCUGAGAUAUCACAUAGGGCACCCACUGAAGUUGAUGGGAAAGAGAUUUGUGCUGAUUCUGUACAUUGCUCUUCAUUAGAUCUUGCCAUCCAAUGUAAAACAGAAGAUGGAGACAGGAAACAGACUUCACAAUCUACAGAACUAUCUGCUGCUGGGAAACCUAUUGAACAGCCUAGCUCAGAUCCGAAUCAUCCCAGCACAAUUGACGGGGAAAACAAACCAAAUAUGGCUUCCGAAAUAACUACCGAUACUGAAGGAGUUGACAGUGCAAAGAUUAUACCUUGUGAAGGUAAGAAAGAUUUGGCUUCUUCCAAUGAUGGAUGCUGUGAAAGAAAAAAUGUCGAAGAAUCUUGUGUGGAACCAAGCAAAACUUCUUCUCAAGACAUGGCUGCAAAGGAUGAAAGUUCAUAAUUCUUGUUCCACUGCUGCAUUUCAAGCUGGCAAUGAUGGAGUUUAUGUGAGGGCAAGAAGCAACUUACCUUUUGGCUUUAGAACAUCAUUAGGCCAAACACAGCAUUCGAACUGAAUUUCUUGAAGAUAUAGCCUGAACGCUAUUCAGUUCAGUGUAAAUGUUUAAUGAGCAGAGGAACUUAGGCUUUAUUUUUCUUAUUUUUCCUCAAAUGCACUUAAAAGGUCCAGAGCACAAGGGGUGACUUUGUAUAUAGUUUGGAAUUUGUAUCUUUCGUUUUUGUAUUAUUUCCUUUUUAUUCAAUUUUUAUUUUCAUUUUUUUAAUUUCCUUGUUAGGCAAAAGAAUAGCUUUCUUUGUGGUUUGUCACAUUAAUUGUUAGUAGAUCAAUUAACUGAAUUAAGUUGGUCAUUCUAAACUUA